UCUGUGCCAUUCAGUGCAUCCAACAGUCUGAAAAGGAAACAUUUACGCGCCGAAAUAAUGGACAUCAACUGUGGUUAGUACGCUCUACUCUAACAUUAUAGGACACAUAUUUAUUCAGUCAGAUAUUUAGUAAAAUGUGGACAGUUCCGAAGCCAAAAUAUAGACGUGGUUCGUGUGACGAAGGGGAGAUCGCUGUGAACAUUGGCGGAGUCCGGGUGGUGCUCUUCGGGGAUGCUUUGAACCGGUACCCCGAGAGCAGACUGGCGGAGUUGUUGAACUGUUCAACUGAGAAUUCUGAAGUUAUCUCAUCGCUUUGUGAUGACUUCGAUCCGGGCAGAAAAGAGUUUUACUUUGACCGAGAUCCCGACGCCUUCAAGUGCAUCAUCGAUGUUUACUACUUUGAUGAAAUCCACAUAAAACCCGGAAUAUGCCCCAUCUGUUUCAUCAAGGAGAUGGAGUUCUGGAAAAUAGACCAAAGUGUUUUGGAUGAAUGUUGCAAAAGUUACUUGAAUGAGAAAGAGGAGGAGCUGACAGAGAUUGCAAGUAAAGUGAAAGUGAUCCUGGAGGAUCUGGAGGUGGAUCAGUGCAUUACGCGCAGCCAGCGAUGCCAGAGGUUCCUGUGGAGACUGAUGGAGAAGCCGGGUUCCUCGCUGCCGGCGCGCGUCAUUGCCAUCGCAUCCUUCCUCUCGGUGCUGGUCUCGGCUGUGGUGAUGUGCGUGGGGACCAUCCCGGAGCUCCAGGUGACGGACGCUGAGGGAAAACUGGUAGAGCACCCGACCCUGGAGGCGAUCGAGACUGCCUGCAUGUUAUGGUUCACCGCGGAGUACUUACUGCGCCUCGCCUCCUCUCCGAACAAGCUGCACUUUGCACUCUCCUUCAUGAACGUCAUAGACUUUAUGGCCAUCAUGCCUUUCUACGUGGUCCUGUCCCUCACCUACCUCGGCACCUCAUCCAUGAUGGAGCUGACUAACGUGCAACAGGCUGUGCAGGCGCUCCGCAUCAUGCGCAUCGCGCGUAUUUUCAAGCUGGCGCGCCACUCCUCCGGGCUGCAGACUCUGACCUACGCGCUCAAGAGGAGUCUCAAAGAGCUGGGGCUGCUCCUCAUGUACAUGGGUGUAGGGAUCUUUGUGUUCUCGGCGCUGGCCUACACCAUGGAGCAGAGCCACCCGGAGACCCUUUUCAGUAGCAUCCCGCAGUCUUUCUGGUGGGCCAUCAUAACCAUGACCACAGUGGGCUACGGAGACAUCUACCCCAAAACCACGCUCGGCAAGUGCAACGCAGCCGUGAGCUUUCUGUGUGGGGUGAUAGCCAUCGCCCUACCCAUCCACCCAAUCAUAAAUAACUUUGUGGUCUUCUACAAUAAGCAGAAAGUGUUGGAGACUGCGGCGAAGCAUGAGGUGGAGCUGAUGGAGCUGAAGUCUGGCAGGGAGGUGCGCAGGAAAAGCAGAUAUUAACUUGAGACUGGCGCACCAGCAGUGUGAACAAUUCUACAUAUUACCCCAAGACCUUUUGGACCAGAGAACGUCUCAAAGAUUGCAUUGUUUCUGUUGCUGCUUUGACUGUGUCACGUGCUGUUUAUUCCAUAUAAAUAUUUCGCCCAUAACUCUUGUUAUUGUGAAGAAUGUUGUUAUUAUUACAUUACAAGUUGUGCAUGAAAAUAAUCUGUACAUACACUGUACAUAGAGAAAAAAUAAAGCAUCAUCUGCAACCUGCAAAUCCACAGAGAAGCUGGCACUUGAGUCCAGAUUUUGACAAUAAUGAUAAAGCAAUACAGAAUGUCUUUAUUCAACCUUUAUUUAAUAUCAAGAAAUCGUUGAGGGCAAAGUCAUUGUUUUCAAUGAUGUUGAAAACAAACAAACAACGUUUAAAUCAAGUUAGAUAUGUAAUGUAAUCAGAUUUCAUUGCUUUGAUGACAAGUGUAUCAGUGUGGGUGGAUAUAUAUGCUAUCAUUUUAAGAAAUGCCCUAAAUUAGAAUAUUAGUUACGCUUUAAUAGACUAAAACUGGGUCAUAAAUUAAAGCCCCCAAAUAACAAGUGUGUGACUAACCUCUUUAAUCUGAUCACUCUAAAGUUGAAUGUAGAGGAAUAUUUUGUGUUUUUAUGUUGUGUUAUAUUGUGCCCUGUGUGGGUUGAUGUGACUAUUAAUUCCCCUGGGACAGAAAGGAAAACUAAAAAUCAACCUUUUAACCUACGAAAACACAAGGGCUUUUGUGAUACUUUUUCAGAAACAAGAAGAUCUCAACAAAUGUUCUCAUGUAUUAAUCAGGAAACACAGGUGACUGCUGAACAGCUGCAGAAGAUGCCAUCCACUCAAACCCAACACACCUGACUCCUCUUUCACAUUAGCUGGUUUGGUUGUCAAAUAUGUAAAUGCAUGCACAUAGUGUUUUAGUCAACACAGGGCAAUGUGCUCACUCCUGUCCGAGAUCUGCACUCAAUUGAGUGACCCAUUUUUCUGUAGUUUGUCUGAAAAGUGAAGACAAUGCAGAAGCAACUUAAACCUGUAUUCUUUCUAAUGACCAGUGGGGGACGAUUUCACUAGUUGCAAAAAGAAGUAGAAUACUGUAUGAGAGCAAUCAGAAGAUGACCCUACUUCUAAUCUUAUUUAAUUUUUUUCUUUAGUAAAUAUUUUCUAAUCAGUUUAUUGUCUCAAUCGCUAGUUUUGUGUUCUUUUCAAAGCAGGGUAUGCUUUAGGACAUGUCUACUUUGUGAUUUGUUGUGGGACUACAAUGUGUGGCACUCUGCUCCGCCUUGGUUGCAAAAUGUGAAUAAAUAUAUUCAUUCACUGCCUUUCUGUUGGGCAUCAA